AUGAACACCGGAGCGACGGGAUCAACCCACCUCGGCGACGUCCCAUAUCCCCCUCCACCCGAAGCAUGCGAGGGCGAAGCACCUUCAAUACUCGAACUGCCGCCUGGAGAUUACUACAUCCGAGAGUUUCUAAGCCUGCUAGAACCCACACAUGCUCUGCGAAAACAUGGCUACAACUUUGCACAGUUGACAGACGAGGAGAUUCAUCUGAAACGAAGAUGCACUAUCCAACAGCUUAGCAAGGGCCUGCAACAAGCCAUAACGCGCCGUAGUCAACAACUUCUCUCACAUCUACCGGACACACCCUACAAGACAUUGCCAAGUAUGAUCGUACCAUACGAGAACGGUACCUCUGGAUUUCAGUAUUGCACAAUAGAGUGUCACUACCACUCGGCACCAGUUGACCGUGCUACAAAGAUGGGAACAGCCAGGAGUGGAGAUUCUGAGCUCAUUCGCCUGAGCGCCAUCGAUUACUUAACCGGUGAAGUGCUCAUCAACAACCUUGUCAAGCCUGAUCAACCAAUGCAACAUCUCAACACAAAGUGGUCGGGCGUUACAUGGGAUCAAAUGAACGAAGCUAUAAGAGAGAAGACCACGCUAAAGGGGAAGGCAAGUCACUACGUGAAGAAGCUGAAGGAAGACAUAUUUGUCGGUCCAGACACUAUUCUCGUCGGACACAGCGUUCAUAAUGACCUCAAGGCACUGAAGUGGAUACACACAAAGGUGGUAGACUCUUACGUCGUAGAGCACAAGAUCAUUCAGGAGAAGAAGGCAAUCGAAGCCAGAGAAAAAGAGCUUAGUGAAGAGGCGGCAAGAAGGGUGGAGGAGUGCCUUCUGGAGGUCACAGGACUAGCGACGAGUAGCAUGCUCAGCCCAUCGACCGAUGCCCAGACAAUAGGCGACUCGACCAACCCUACUGAGGGUGAGCCAAAGAAGAAGAAGAAAAAGGGCACGGGUGAUCUGGCGUUGAAGACACUGCUGAAGAAAUACCUGGACACGGACAUUCAGACCAAAGGCAAUAAAGGUCAUGAUAGCUUGGAAGAUGCAACUGCGGCGCGCGAUCUAGUUCACUGGAUGGUUAUGCGGAGACUCCAGGAGAAGUAUGGCGUCCUAAUGUAG